AUGGUCCCCGCCGCCGGCGCGCUGCUCUGGGCCCUGCUGCUUAGUCUGGGGACCCGGGCGGCGGCGGGGGCCCAAGGCCUGACUUCAACUGGGACGAAGCCGCCGGCCAGUUUCCGCUUCAGGGGCCCGAUGACCCGCAACUACCGGUCCACCCCCGGGUCCGGUGUUCCCCCGAAGAGAAGGGUAAUAAUGGAGGACGAGGAUGACGUCGUGGCCACUGCCGACCGCCUGGCAGGCCCCGCCGCUGCCGAGCUCUUGGCCUCUACAGUGUCCACGGACAUCAGCAGGCUGCGUUCAUGGGAGCAAGAUGAGGACGGGUCUUUGGAGGAGGGGGUUGUGAUUAAUGCCCAUAAGAAUAACACCAGAGCAGGGACUGGCCGUGCGAUGGUCUCCAGUACAACGAGGAGGUUCAGCUCAAGGUUUCUAGCGAAUAUCCAGGCGCCAGAAUACAGGAUGACCACAAGCCUGCCGCCCCCCAAAUGGAGACCUACUGAGCUAUCGGACACCAGCCUGACCCGGUGGUCAACAGCAGGGUCCACCCCCAGCCGCUGGCCACGAUCCUCCUCCACAGCUAUGCCACCUCCUGAGGACGUGCGGCUGGUGUUGAUGCCCUGGGGCCCGUGGCACUGCCACUGCAAGUCAGGCACCAUGAGCAGGACCCGGGCCGGGAGGCUGCAAGGCCUUUCUGGGCGCCUUCGAGUUGGGGCACUGAGCCAGCUCCGUACAGAGCACCGGCCUUGCACCUACCAUCAGUGUCACUGUGAUCGGCGUCGUGAGGAGUGCCCCCUGGACUCAGGCCUCUGUUCUGAUUCCAGCUGCACCACUCAGACUACCACCACAACCACCACCACCACUAGCUCCAUGCCCCACCUCAGCACCAGACUCAGACCCACCCCCUUCCCCUUUCUCAGCCCCAGCCCCAGCCCAGCUCUUGCUUUUUGGAGGCAGGUCAGGACUGGGCUGGAGGAUAUUUGGCAUAGCCUCUCUUCAGUAUUCACAAAGAUGCAACCAAUAGACAGAAACCGGAGGUAA